UCCGCGCAUGCGCGCUGCAGCCCGGCGACCCGCGCUCUUCCUCGUCUUGUUCGCUACGCCUCUACUGCUGUCGCUGCUGCUAUCGCCGCUGCUAUCGCCGCCGCCGCCACCGCAACCAUGUCGCGGGGAAUCAUGCCCAGCCAGCAGAAGCUGGCCGAGAAGCUCACCAUCCUCAACGACAGGGGCGUGGGCAUGCUGACGCGCAUUUACAACAUCAAGAAGCAAGGACAAGUCUGGAAGGCAUGCGGAGAUGCGAAAGCCAAGCCACAAUGUUUAGCAGACAAGAACCUGGAGUCUGCAGUCAAAUUCAUCGUGCGCAAAUUCCCGCACGUGGACACGCGCAACAACAGUCUUACCCAUCUCAACACUCAGAAGGCCGACAUUAUGAAGAACCUGAGUCUCUAUUACUGUACAUUUGUUGAUAUCAUGGAUUUCAAGGACCAUGUGACGGAGCUGCUGAACACCAUAGAUGCUUGUCAGAUCUACUUUGACAUUACGGUGAAUUUUGACAUCACCAAGAGCUAUCUGGACCUGAUCGUGAUGUACGCUACCAUCAUGCUCAUGCUGUCACGCAUUGAGGAGCGCAAGGCCAUCAUUGGCCUGUACAACUAUGCGCACGAGAUGACCAAUGGCUCCAGUGACAAAGACUUUCCACGGUUGGGUCAGCUGAUUCUGGACUACGAGAACCCCAUGAAGAAGAUGAUGGAGGAGUUUGGACCGCACAGCAAAUCGGUGACAGAGGCGCUCUUCUCGCUGCAAACGGUGUACCCGCGACGAAACCUGUCGGCCGAGCAGUGGCGCGCGGCACAGAUGCUUAGCCUCAUCAGCGCCCCGUCCGCCAUGCUCAACCCGGCGCAGUCCGAAACGAUGCCAUGCGAGUACCUCUCCCUGGAUGUCAUGGAGAAGUGGAUUAUUUUCGGCUUCCUGCUGUGUCAUGCCAACCUCAACACAGAACAGAUGGCGGUUACACUCUGGCGUCUGGCGCUGAACAGUGGCUUCUGUCUCACACUUUUCCGUGACGAGGUGUUCCACUUCCACAAGACCAUUGAGGAGCUCUUCCUCAACAUCAAGGGGUACAAUAAACGUGCCACGGAGAUUCGGGAACUGAAGGACCACGCUCUGACACACGCGGGGCCCAUGCACCGCGAGAGGAGGAAAUUCCUAAGGGCUGCACUGCGAGAACUUGUCAUGGUUCUCACCGACCAACCCGGCCUGCUUGGCCCCAAGGCUUUGUUCGUCUUCAUGUCUUUGUCAUUUGCGAGGGACGAAAUCUUCUGGCUGCUGCGCCACGCCGAGAACAUUCCAAAGGCCAAGAACUAUGAUGACUACGUGGACAAGCACCUGGCUGAGCUGAUGUUCUACAUGGAGGAGCUGCGGGCGCUCGUGCGCAAGUACGGGCCUGUCAUGCAGCGCUACUACGUGCAGUACCUCUUCAGCUUCGACGCCGUCGCGCUCAACGAGCUCGUGCAGAAUCUGUCUGUGUGCCCAGAGGAUGAGUCCAUCAUCAUGUCCUCUUUCGUCAACACCAUGACCUCUCUGAGCGUCAAGCAGGUUGAGGAAGGUGAGAUGUUUGACUUCCGAGGCAUGAGACUCGACUGGUUCCGGCUACAGGCAUACACGAGUGUGUCGCGCGCCUCCCUGCACCUCAAGGACCACUGUGACCUGGGCCGCAUGAUGAACACCAUCGUGUUCCACACGCGGAUGGUGGACUCGCUUGACGAGAUGAUGGUGGAGACCUCCGACCUCUCCACCUUCUGUUUCCACAGCCGCCCGUUUGAGAAGAUGUUUCAGCAGUGCCUGGAGCUGCCCUCCCAGUCGAGGCACUCCGUCGCCUUUCCACUCAUCUGCUCACACUUCAUGAGCUGCACCCAUGAGCUUUGCCCCGAGGAGCGUCAUCACAUUGGUGACCGCAGCCUCUCGCUUUGCAACUUCUUCCUGGAUGAGAUGGCCAAGCAAGCACGCAACCUCAUCACGGAUAUCUGCUCUGAGCAGUGCGCCCUCAGUGACCAGCUGCUGCCCAAGCACUGUGCCAAGACUAUCAGCCAGGCGGUGAGCAAGAAGUCCAAAAAGCAGGCGCAGAAGAAAGGGGAAACGGAGAAAGAAAAACCCGGAGUGGAGAGCAUGCGCAAGGAUCGUCUUAUCAGCACUAAUCUGGACAAGCUGCAUACGGCACUGGUGGAGCUGUGUUUCGCCAUCAACUAUGCCCCUUCCAUCGUGGUGUGGGACCACACCUUCACACCACGCGAGUAUCUCGCCCUGCACCUGGAGUACCGCUUUACAAAGGCCAUUGUGGGCAUGACGAUGUACAACCAGGCGACGCAAGAGAUCGCCAAGCCCUCGGAGCUGCUCACCAGCGUCAAGGCCUACAUGUCGGUGCUGCAGUCCAUCGAGAACUUUGUUCAAAUCGACAUCACGCGCGUGUUCAACAACGUGCUGCUGCAGCAGACGCAGCACAUGGACAGCCAUGGUGACACCACCAUCACCACGCUGUACACCAACUGGUACUUGGAAACUCUGCUGAGGCAGGUGAGCAAUGGCUUCAUCGCGUACUCCCCGGCCAUGAAGGCGUUCAUCAAUCUGCCCACGGAGAACGAGCUCACGUUCAACGCGGAGGAGUACUCGGACAUAACCGAGAUGCGAGCGCUGGCCGAGCUGUUGGGACCGUACGGAAUGAAGUUCCUCAAUGAGAGCCUUAUGUGGCACAUCUCCUCCCAGGUGGCCGAGUUGAAGAAACUGGUGAUGGAGAACAUGGAAGUUCUGAUGCACAUGAGGACAAGCUUUGACAAGCCCGAACACAUGGCAGCACUUUUCAAGAAGCUCCAGUCUGUCGACAGUGUGCUCAAGCGGAUGACCAUCAUCGGCGUCAUCUUGUCCUUCCGAUCCCUGGCACAGGAGGCGCUGCGUGAUGUGUUAUCCCAUCACAUUCCGUUCUUACUCAGCUCCAUUAAGGACUUUAAGGACCACAUACCUCGUGAGACAGAUAUCAAGGUGGCGAUGGGGGUGUACGAGCUGUCGUCUGCCGCGGGGCUGCCGUGCGAGAUAGACCCGGCCCUCGUCCUCGCGCUCACCUCACAGAAAGGGGAAAACCUGUCUCCAGAGGAAGAGUACAAGAUUGCUUGCCUUCUCAUGGUUUUUGUGGCUGUGGCCAUUCCGACCCUGGCCAGCAACCCACUCUCCCAGUACAGCCCACUUCUGGAAGGUCACGUGAACAACAUCCACUGCCUGGCCAAAGCCGUGAACCAGAUUGCAGCAGCGCUGUUCACCAUCCACAAGGGCAGUAUCGAGGAUCGACUCAAGGAGUUCUUGGCGCUGGCCUCCUCCAGUCUGCUAAAGAUCGGACAAGAGACGGACAAAGUAUCGACCAGAAACCGUGAAUCUGUCUACCUCCUGCUAGAUAUGAUAGUCCAGGAGUCCCCGUUCCUGACGAUGGACCUGCUGGAAUCGUGCUUUCCAUACGUUCUACUGCGUAACGCCUACCACGCCGUCUACAAGCAGGGGCUGAGCGCCGCCUCCUAGAGUACACGCCCCAACGUUGCCCGUUGACGUCUUUCUAUCACGUUCGUCUGUUCCGCCCACUGUUGUGUCAAGUGAGUGUGGUGUUAUUCUGUCUGUUGUAGCGUCCUCGUUGAAGAGAGUUACUUUGCACAAUGAAAUGUUUUGACAUGUGCCUCGGUGUGCGUUGCCUAGGCUUGGGCGACGAUCUUCAGGCAGGCUGUCCCAUGUGCCCUGCACGAAGAUGUUCGUCUGAACGAGUGAAAUUCUUGGGCAAUCACCUGGUGGUUGUGCUGACAGGCAUUCGCAUGGGGGCAGUGUUUACCUCUUGAUUUUUAGAAAGUCUAAUCUUGUAUAAGAGGUGGUGCCAAAAAUCCCACAUCUUUUGUAAAUUAGCAGAUCCCCUUCACAUUAGUCACGGGAGUGUAAAUCCCUUCAAAUAUUGAGUUCUCAGGGCAAAGUAAACUAUGACAUCCAGACUUAGUUGCUGCACGAUUUAAUGUUGUAAAUGAUAAACAUAUCUUCCCAGGAAAAUGGAAGGACAAUGAAGUAGGUCAACUGUUAAGCACGGCAGAAGUUGAUUUCUUAAAAUCUGUUAAUUGGAAUGAGUAGAAGCCAAACAUGGUCAUUGUGUGUCUCAAAUGCUUCCUUCUGUUUGAGAUGAGAAAAUUCAAAGCAUUUGGUUAUCCCAUUACUCCAGACUAGAGAGUAGCAGGAAAUCAAGAGCUCAGAGUCGAUCCAAGGUUACUGCCAUGACCAUAUGCUAACACUUGUUGGAAAGCCAACCACAUGGCUUGCAACUUUACAUGUGGUAAUAAAAUAUACCAGAAACAUGACAAAAUAGAAUGUUCCUAUUGAAAACGACGCUGUAGAGAUUUCUUAUGGUGUGCACCGACAAAAAUGCACACAGACAUGCGCUUGACAUGCAGACCAGCUGAGUUGGUUGGGAUUGGCGUGUUGCUUGUCAUUGCUAGUUCAGUGGUGGCACACGUUCUAUGCUUGGCACAAAGGUUUCCUGCAUGGGUUCGAGGCAGGCACCUGCCUUCAUGCAAAUGCUCCUCAACCCUGUGGGUUUCAUGUAUCAGUGAAGCUCUGAAACUGAAAGCUGCCGUUGCAUUGUGGGUCCUGUAUUGUGCCCACCUAGUCAGUCCUGAGGAAUGGGUUGAUGGCAGUUAAUUUGCACGUGUGGAAAAACAUUACAAUUUUUGUAUUUAAAGGUUUUAGUGUUUCCAAAAAUGUAAACUGUUCAUAUAACUUCUUAACAUUAUUUUACUUUUUUUAACUGCAUUUGAAACUUGCAUUACAAACUGCACUGAUUAACGCUUAUAUUUUCUGGUUCAAAUUUUGCGUUUUCAGAUUGUGCCAUUCAUUUGUGGCAUUGUGUGGGCGAAUAUUCCGUCGUAUACAUGCAAAGGUGUGGUCACUGAAGCGUUUGGGCUUAUGCCCAGCAUGGCUAGUCCUGUUACUUUUGCUGGUGCGAAAACAUUCACCCUCAUCCUCCACAACAAAAGGGCAAAAAGCUUGCGAUGUUCAUUGUGUGUGCAGAGCUGUUUUGAGCAGCUCUUUCAGAUCCUGUCCUGAGCAAGGAGUAGUGCCCAGUCAGUGUCACCAUCACCACAGGUGGUGUUGUAGAUCAGAGACGUAUGGACGGAGGUUGUGUGCUUGGGUUGUGGCACCGUGUGCCUGUGGUUAUUCUGCAUAGCUGGCAAUAGGCACUCACUCUUCUGUCACCAAAUGCUUUGUUUUCUACAUGCCAUGUGUAGUAGUAAAUGGCUCUCCUACUUGCUCUUGUUUACAUAUUGUAACAUAAACAUGAAUCCAGACUUUCGGGUUCUCUUUUAGAUGUUUUUUUCUAUUAUAUUAGCGACUUUUGUUAAGUUGCCUGGUGGAAGUGAAGAUGCACAUCACUGAUUAUUAUUAUUUGCUCUUUACUCAAAUCACUGUGGUCUAGAUGUGUGUGUGUGUAUAUAUAUGCAGUGUUAACUUGCAAUUUUCAUAAUUUUGAAUAUUCAGCAAACAAUAAGAAAGCAUUUACACCAUUUAUUAAUCCUUUAGAUUUCGGUUUGUUUGAUACGAUUAUAUGCAUUAAUUUACACGUAUUAUAAUAUCUGAAAAUUUGUACAAAAUGAAAAAUGUGUCAUUUUACUUUGUUCAUAAAUAUUCUUUUUGUUAAGAUAGUAUGAAAAAAAUGCAUGUCCGAAGUGUGGCACUGGAAUGAGUCGGACACGGAACAGCAGAGAUCAGCUCUUCACUCUCCCUCCAUCUCUUGUAGAGCCAGUCAUCUGUAUUGACCCACUCUUCCUCAAUAUUAGUCUGAUGAUAUUUAACCUAACUGUGCAAAGUGGAAAAAAAAAUCGGACCAGUGUAUUUCACAACCUCAAUUGUUUCUGGGUUAAAAUGGUAUGAUGCACACUCCCAAGCCACACAUUACCACAAAAAAUGCAUUUGUGUUAAGUAAUCACUUUGCAGAUUAUUAAACUGGGAUACAAAUAUAAAUUUUCAAACUGACGUGUGUAACAAUACGGGGUGCAAAGUGAAACGGUUGUUCAUGGUGACUGUGGUGUGGCUGAGGCCAAAGAAUCUUUUGAGUUUUUGGAAAAAUUAUUUCCUAAAAGUGAUCUGGUAGAUUUUGAUAUUCAUUACUGGUCAAUGUGUUUCCAUUUUUUAAGUUUGUUUCAAAUGUCCCUGCGGGAAUAUGAAACGAUUGACUUAACUGCGUUUAAGUGUGUCAUGUUGCCGGAGGGUUAUGGGUCAGAUGGGUUUUUUAGACAGUGAUGAAAAACUGAGUUUGAGUUUUUUAUGGUUUGCAAUUUACUGUAUGUGAUGUCAUUGUCUUGUUUUGGUUUCAUUAUCUUUGUUAUAGUUUUCAAGACUUUGCCAUUUCCACUGUAAGCUAAGCAACUGAGAACACAAGCAUAGAGCAAGCUUGUUAUAUAUGCGUGUCUGUUAUAUCCCCACGACCCUGCCAUGCGACAAGGGGAGUUGAUGAGAAGGUGCGUGUCCAAACAAAUGUCUUAACACAAAUGGUUUAAAUGGUGGCACGAAUGGCCUGGAUUGACAAUGCUCUUAUACGUGUUUGUUUUAUGAAUGAGAUUUUGCAUCAUUUGACAAUAAAAAAAAAUGGAAUAUUAAUAUUUACAGCUGUAUAAACAUUGCAUCUGAAACGUAAAACUGUUCCGUGUAGAGUGACCAAACUUGGAACGAUAUUUUUAACGAGUUAAACUUUCCAAGGCUUGCGCUGUAUGCUUAUCGAGUUUAUCCUCUUUCUAGUGUGCAGGUUGCUACUGUAUAUUGUUGCGGCGGUAAUUGUCGUGAACUGCAUUAGCAUACGAGUGAAACGCUUGGCCCCCGCUUACUCUGUAGUCGAGAAGCGGCUUGAUGCAGUGGCGCGCACGGCCACGUGCUCACUACCGUACUCUAGCCGAGGGUGCUCCGAACUGCAUGGGGUCUCCAUCGACAAUAAAUGAAGGUUUGAAGACUC